ACCGAACUCAAAACUCGGGCACCGAUCAAUCAAGCUUUUUAUCAAUUAAUCAACUUCUUCGUCAAUCCAUGACAUCUUCAAAAAGUAUAUAUAUACACUUGACAUUCUCAUUCCAAUGCAAUCUUUAUUCCUUGCAUUACGCAGUAUUAUUACACGUACGUCUAUCUUUCCAAAAUCCAAACAAUGGCUAAUAAUGAUAGAGGAGCCUCUAUCUGCUGCGGACUGGUAGCGCAGAUAUUUGGGAUCACAGCUUUGGUUCUAAUGCUUCUUUGGCUGCUUCAUUAUCGGGAUGGCCUCAAUCUUUAUUCCCACGACCCAAACCGGGUUUUCAAUGUUCACCCAUUCCUAAUGUUCUUUGGAUUCAUGUUCUUCUUGGCUCAAGCUUUGAUCACACACGGUGGACUGGGCGGAGCACUGACAGUAUUAAUAGGUGUCCCGUGUCGAGUGGUAGCAAUAUGUUUGGGCGGCGUGGGAAUUCACGCCGCCGUCAAAUCCCAUCAUAUGCUCCACUUUGGGAACCAUACCCGAAGCGUCCAUUCUUGGAUUGGAAUCGCCGCUUUCGCCUUAUUUAUUUUUGAGUCUGUGGUGUGGCUACUCGCGUGUGUAGGCAGAGUUACAUGUUGCAACGAAUGUUGUGAUGAUGAAGAGCCAAGCAAAGCCGCUCCAUCAGGGCGGAUAGCACUGCACAUAGCAACUUGUGCAGCGGUCACGGGACUGAUGGAAAAGGCGUCAAAAGACAUUGCGGACGAUCAUCUCCGCCGUGGUCAUCGGGAAUCUACCAUCAUCAACGUCCUUGCAUUGUUUAUCAUUCUCUUCACUGCAACCGUUGAUAUGUCGGUCCUUAGUGGAAGUUUUGCCCGUGCUAUUAGCUCCACCACCCGGUCUGUAGCCUGAUGAUCGAUCUAGCUAGGAUAAUUAAUGAAUCUACAAUCACACCAUGCAAUCUUUUGGCACAAAGCGAGUUUGACAUUAUAUAUGUUUUACACACAAUAAUUGUCGUCUGUGCAAUAUCAAUUAAUGAUUAUCUGUGAA